AUCAGAACAACCCAUUCUGCAUUUUGUUGACAAGUGGAAAGUUUAUUAAGAUAUUCCAGUUGAAAAUCAUGAAAAUACCUAGCAAGUCGUGUUACCUUUGGUGUUGUGUUUCUAUCCUUACAGUUACUUGCUUCCUUGUUACCAAUGCGAUUGAUCUAGUUAUAUACAACACCUCAACACAACCCAAAUGUAAAGAAGUGGAAAGAAAAGCGGUAUAUGGAAAAGAAUGUGGAUGGUACGCAGGCCUGUACCGAGACGUUGAUCAGUUCUAUUUAAAGGGCAGGAUCGCAGCUUACAAAAUCCAGUGGUUUAAUGGCGGGUGGUCAGGAUGGUUUGUUCCAGGCGUCAAUGACAUUGACAUCAAAUUUAACAUUCAAGGUGCAGAUUGUAAAGAUUUUAAAAUCCUACCCAAUACCAUGAGGAGAUGGUGGUCUUAUUUCUACGAUCACACCCACAAGUAUGUCAUCUGUAAAGACUCUUAACUGUUGCCGCAACAUCCGAAGAUUGACCCGAAGCAAAGCAAGUUUAUUUGAAUUCAAAAAUUUAUGUCCGAAAUUGAGCAUAAAAAUUAUGUCUUUAGAUAGUUCGUGGUUUGUUUUUUAUUCAUUCAUUACAAAAUAGUAUGAUUCAAACUUUUGUGUAAAUCGAUUUUUAAACAUAUAUACCAUAUCUAAGAGAUGAGUUUCCUCUUUUUUGCAAUGUCACAAAAACUGUGUCCGCCAAUACAAUGUCCGCCAAAAUUAUUUGCAUACUUUUGAGCAAGCAAAACAACAAAUUUUACACCCGCUAUACGGUAUUACAUAUAAGUAUGAUGUUGAAAACA